AGCAGACAAAGGGGAAGGACUAUGAUGAGGUGUUUGCUCCUGUGGGGAAAGGAACAACACUGAGGGUGCUGUUGGCGAUAGCUGCACUCCUGGGAUGGAAGAUUCGACAGAUGGACAUUCGCAGAGCAGAUGCUGGAGAUGCAGUUCAAGUGCUCCAAGAUGGGUGAGGUGAAGUACUACUUGGGGAUGCAUGUGGAGAGAGAUGUGGAAAAGGGUGUGCUGAGGUUGCACCAGAGGAAGUACUUGAAAGCGGAUGGCACCAGCAUUGGGGGUUAUGUGUGCUUGCUAGGAGGUGGUGCUGUGAGCUGGCGCAGCAAGAAGCAGAAUGAGGUGGGAUUGUCCUCAUGUGAGACUGAGUACAUGGCCUUACACCAUGGGGCCAAGGAAGUGGUAUGGCUGAGGCGUUUGUUGGAGGAGUUGGGAGUUGGUCAGGAGGAGCCGACAGUUGUGUUUUGUGACAAUGAGUCUGCUGUGAAGCUCGCCAAGAAUGCUUGUCUGCAUGGGCUGACAAAACACAUAAGGCCUAAGUGGCAUUGGGUGAGGAGACUCCUUGAUAAGGAGAAUUUCGGAUUUAUAUUUUGAGUAAUUCUAGCUCCUAAGUUCACCUAGACUCCGUCCUUAAUCCU